AUGUUGGAUAAAACGAUGCAGGAUACAACGAACAAGCAGCCACCAGCAGCAGCGGCUAGACCACAGCAUCAGAAACCUCAUCCCGAGCAGCCGAAACGACUGCGAACGUCGGACACUACAUCAUCACCUUCAUCGCAGCAACCGAACAGCACGGUGCAAAGGGAACAACUACUGCCGGUAUCGGUACCGUUGCCACAGCAACACCCAUCGAAACAGCUCCAGCUGCACCUACAGCAAGAGCAGGAACUUUCGGCUAUACAGGAAAAACCAUCAGAACACGUCCAAAUUCAUUGCCAACCGGUCGGUACGACCGGAACGACGGUACCGCGGCUCGAAACGCCGGUCAAACCACCCAAAGACGGCACGGGAACCGGUGCGCCAGUGUCCUUUUCCUUCUACAAGACAAUCAAUACGGUGAUCAAGAGCAGCCGCAAAAUUAUAGUGCGCGUUUGCGAGGUAACCAAUGUAAAGACCAAGCUCAAGAUGUUCAAUCUCUACUCGACGAUGAACAAGCGCAAUGGCGCGGACGAUAAGGAGGCGAAGGAGGUCGAAACGACCGGCCACGAUCGGUUCUGUCAGGAACGACCAUCAAGGUCGAGCUACCGGCGGAAAAAGAGAAAAAUGAGACGUGCCCAGUCGGCGGCAGAAUUCCAGGAACCGCGCACCGAACCACCCCUUACGGCGGCCAGCAAACGCAUGUUGUUCAGAGGUCGGUCCAUCAGCUCCGAGCACGACAACAACUCGGAGACCGAACAUUCCGAACGGUCGCCACUGGUCAGCGCCAAGCUCGACUCGCUGGCCAAAUUCCUCUUCAGCCGGAGCCUGCUGCAGGAUAGUACGAGCGCGGCCAAAGAGAACGAUUCGCCGACAAGACACAGCGUGCGCUACCAGCAGUAUACGGCUCUGGACAGUGGUAUCGGGGCGCCAGAUCGCAGCCCGCGGGAACGAGCGGCACGGGAACGGGCGUAUGCCGCAUGCCAGGAAUGGCUACAGAACACGGGCGGCCGGUACGAGUCCAUCGCACACCUAGAUGAUAUCGGAUCGCGCUCCAAUAAGCACUGGUUCCUGCUGAACGAUUGCACGAUACGUACCGAUCGGCUUAUGACGCUGCUACCAUUACCUCCCGAUUGUAUUGCCUUAGAAGAGUUGCCGCCCUCCGAAUGUCCCCAGGGAGUGCUGAUGGAGCUGCUCGGCUCGCUGCAGCAUCCGUACAUUUAUCCGGUGCUAGAUCUAGGUUUUUUCCCCUCCGAUUCCCACCAGUACACCAGUCUCGUGAUGCCAUUCAAUCCCCGCGGUAGCCUGAAGGAUCUUAUCUACAAGUCACAAUGGAAUGAACCGUGGAGUCGCAAGUACACGCGAAAGUCUACCUGUUUGCCCUUGUCCCAGGUACAGCGGCUGGGGCGACAGAUUCUGGAGGCACUGCUGUUCCUACGCGAGCGCGGCAUUCCUUCGCACGGUCAUCUGCAUAGCGGCAAUGUCAUCCUGCAGAAUGGAGUUGCUCGAUUAUCCGGCUUAGAGAAUGGACUGCUUGGACUGAACUCGCGCGUAAACGCCGUCAUCUGGGCACGAUCCGCACCGGACAUCGAUAACAUCGACGUCAUCUGCUUCGGUCACCUGCUGUUCGAGAUGUGUGCCGGAUAUGAGCUGACAUCACCACAGCCAACACCCGGCCACUACCAGCUCGAUCUCGAGCGAUAUCCACAGGUGGUCGAUGUACUACAGAUGAUCUUCGAGUCACCGGAUGGCCGCUACCCGACGGUGGAGGAGCUCGUGCUUUGUGAUAUUUUCCGCAAUAUCGAUUUACGAGAAAUGCGAGGAACAUGUGUGCCUUCCUUCAAACACGGUUUGAGCAGCUCCACCCUGAGCUUACUGAAUGCGGUACGGCGUCGCCAGGGAGCCAUCCUGAGCGGUUCGUAUAGCGAGGGAAGCUCGCCCUGUACACCACCAUCGACGCCACGUGAUCGAAAAACCGGUGAUGUAGAAUCCUCCGAUCUGUCUAGUAGUGAUUCUGAAGAUCUGUUAGAUGAAAUAGUUAUAGCGUCAGCCCGCAUCGACGAUCCAUGCCAUUACGAUCCACUGAGCUCGCCGAUACAUUACUGUGACAAUAAUGUCCACUCGGACGACAACAGCAAUAGUAACAACAACACAAUCAUUCGUAUAGAUUCGAUCGAAGAAGCGCACGGGGCCGGCACGUCAGCCACGGGGGCGUCGGUGGGAGCGGUUGCGGGCGGUUCGGGCGGGUCGGGUGCCGUCAGCCUCAAUCCGUCCUCCGCGUACAAGAACUCCAAGUCGCGCCGAAUGGAGUACAGCCGGCGCGGCAUGAUACUCGGGCUCAGCAACCCAUCGCAAGACUCCGCGUUCGGUUCCAUGACGGACGGCGAAUCGUCCAGGGCGUCCAGCUUUAAGCUGAGCAGUUUCGCCUCGAUGAACUCGCCGAUCGACGAGGGCGUCGAGGAUCUGCUGGUGGAGCAGGGUGGCGCCAGCGCUGCAGACAACCUUGCGACCACGAUUGCCAACAUGAAGUACAUCGAUUCGACCGGUUCGUCACCCUGUCACGACUAUCAUCACCAUUCGCAGUCGCAGGUGUUGCCACAAUCGUCGGGAUACAACGGAACCGGACCGUGUGCGGUGAGCAGCUCCCGGACGGAGCCCUCGAUCGCUUCCAGAGAUAUCUCGCCGAGUCGCUCGAGGUUCCUGGAACCACCCAAGCUCGUCAUUAACAAUCAUUCGUCGUCCACGACGAACUCUUCGCUGUGUUACACUCUUUCCCCGCUGCGCAAGUGUGCCACUACCGAGGUCUUCUCGCAGAAGUACCGUGUGUCCUCGUUCGAGGACAUGUCGUACAACUCCACGCGCAAGUCAAUCAAAAACACGAGCCGCAAGAUCUUCCGCUCGUUCGAAGAGGAGCGGCGCAUCGAUUCGGCAUUCAUGCCGAUCGACACCUCCCGCUCACAGCCUCCGCGUCCGGCGGGACAGUUGCAACCGCAGCUAUCACUACCGCCGAUGCUGGCCCCACCGUCAACACCGUCUCCAAAGCACGCACCGUCGCCAGUGUCCCCCGUGUCGAGAAAGAACCAUGCGUCCUACCAAAAUCUGCACACGAUCGUACCCACGGCUCGAGAGCGCGGUCUCCAGUGGCGCAGCAAUUUGAUCAAAUCGAACGAGUGUCUGUUUGAGACGUCCUUCAACAGUGUUCCGGCUGCGCACCAGCAGCAACCGCACGCUCAUCAGUUCCGCUCGGUUUCCAGUUUCUCGGGGGGUCCCCAUGUGGACAUGGAUCGUAUGCUCCGAACGCACGGUUCACAGGAUCUUCCUACAACCGAGAGUGGUAGCAUUGGGGAGAUGAGUUGUGAUCGCUUCAUACUGACUCCGGAACCACUGCCACCCGGCAGUCCCUCCUGUACCUUCUCGGUGACGUCCACAACGACAUCCUCGCCGGUGGCAUCGCUCGUCUCGACGAGCCGCCUGCGGCCGAACCGAACCGAUCGCCAGCAACUGUUCUCCCUGGCACGGUUCAAGCACAGCACAAUCCUGGACAGUGUGUCCAUCGAAGACUUCUCCUCGGAAACUUCGCUCCGGGUUGCUACCGGGCGUUCCAACAGUCCCGCCAGCCCAUGCCGUAGUGCGGCUAGUGCCACCUCCUCCACGUCGACUGGCGAUGGCGCUACACUAGAGUUUGAAGUUAAACCACUCUCUUCGGACGUAACCUGCACAUCGGAUGCUUCGGACACGGCCAGCGAAGAUGCCACGAGCGUCAGCACGACGGACACCUCCUUGCUCAAGUCACCGGUGCCACAGCGAUCGCCCAAUGCCGGGAACGCUGAUGCGAGCCGACACAAGCACGCACCGCGGGACGUACGCCAAUAUCUGGACGAUGCUGCCGGCAGCGAUGAGUUUGGAAGUGGCAAUGAGGAGAAAACGCCCCUGCUGGAUGGGAUGGAGCUGUCGCCAAUCUCGCCGACAGAAUCGGAACAAAUGUUGUGAUAAUAUCUGGGCCGGGUCGGGUGCGCAAACCGCUUUUCCGAUGACUUCGGUGACUCUGUUCAGGCCGAGAUACUGCUUUAAAAAGGGGAACGAUGUGGUCUCCUUGAGGUAGAUCAACCUGGCCAAGAGCGAAAGAGAAAAGAAAGAGAGAGAGAGAGAGAGAGAGAGAGAGGGACGAUGGUGAAUUCAAAGAGAAAAAAAAACAGAAGAAACAAAACAGGUCUUUUUAAUAGCAACAUUUAGAGAAAAAUGUUACAUUUUAUUAACCAACCUUCCUACUAACAGCAAAACCCCCAAAACAGUUCCAACCGGUAGAGUGCAAGAUGUUUCCCUUCUAAAGUCUAUUUAGAGAUUAAACGGCACCGGUAACGGUCCGUAGUUGUAGCAAAAUUCAUAGCUAAACCGUUGGUUCGAUUUUAAGAAAUUCUCAAGAGGAGUGGUAGAUUGAUCUGCCCUCUGCCAUACGAUACCAGCCUACUCGUACAGUACUGAGGACUGAAGUAUUUCCAGUAGAGUCGCAGUAUGUUUUAGCGUAGUCAACUUUCAGUAAAGUUUGACCUUUUACAACCGCCCCCCGGAUACAAUUGAAACAGGGACUUUAUUGCUUGCCAUGCGCAACACACUUUGCCAGCAUCUGAAUCUUCUAAUGUAGAACAAUUAAUAAUUCAAACUUUUCACAAAUUUUCUCUCCAAACUACCCAACUUGUCUGCUCUUUCAUGCUCAUCAACAUUCCUGGAAAGCGUGCGCAGUCCUCCCUUGAACAGAAUUAGGCGCCGUUGGAGAACCCGAUCCAGACGGACCCCGAGAAUACAGGCGUGCAAUGUAAACCAAAGGAACUAAGAACAAACGUCAAUCAAGGAUAAAAUCAGUAUUUAAACCAUAACGUUAGUGUGACAGGGGAUGGAAAAAUCGCGAUACAAUGUAUCACUUAGUGCUAGCAAACAAGCAGUAUAUUUUGGAAGUCAAUCACAAGUAAAUUCGAUCACGUUGGCACUGGCGUUAAGAAACAGCGGAUACGAUGCGAAGUGAACGCGUUAGCUUAAACGAGCAUAGUACACGAUCGGAUGUCGAGCAGAUACGAUGCUAUACAACAUUUUCUAACAAAAAGUAAAGGAAUUUCAACCUAUAUCCAGCGUGUGGGGCGCCAAUCGACGACGCAAUGUGAUGUGGACGGGAUAAAGACAGAACGCGAAUAGUAUUAGGGCUGUAUACAUUCAUACAAUUAUUUUAAACUACAUACACGAACAUGAUGCAGCUGAAACAAGUGAUCGGUAAGGAUUCGUCGUAUGGGAAGGUGAUCACUCUUCCGCUCGGAACAUCGCGACCGAGCGUGAAUGUAAAAGAUGCUAAUUAAAAGUGAGAAAGUAUGUCGUAAUUAAUGUUAACGGCUGUCGUUCGUGUAAGAAACUAGCAAAAAUUCAAAGAUAUCUAACACACUACUUUCGUUCCUUAGACGACUUAAAACCACAGCUCGGAUAGUAAUAAGCCAACCGUCGUAAGUAAUAUUCCGCAUUACUCGAAACCUGUACACGUUGAGGCCAAACAUAAACGAGCAAACGAAAGUGUUCGAAACUAUGACUAACGGAGCAUUCGCAUUUUUUACUAUAGAGUCGAGUUAAACUACACACUAACAACAGUUAACUCUAUGCUCAUUUCAUCUUUUCUAUCGAUUGUUGUUUUUUUUUAUUUUUGCUUCUAUUUCUUAAACCGAUUCUCUCUGUAUAUUGAAGGAUGCAGUUUUCCGCCUUAUGUGUUACCAUUUCCAAUGCACACCAAUAAUGUAGAAGCUUUCGAGGGAUAAUCAAUGCAUCUGUACAAAGAUUCAUCAAAAAGUAAGUGCAUUCGCAAGGCGAGCGAAUCGGGGUCGAACGGAAGUCUCACUUAAAGGGCAUAGAUUGCUGUAACCGUUGAUAGAACAAUUUCAGAACCGUCCCUAAUAAUCACAAUACCUUUUAGGAGUUAAUACAGUCACACGCGAACAGGCCGAAGAAUUUCCCAAUGUACUUAUGGAAAGAUUUACUCUUACACGUACAAGCACUUUUCAACUCGCAAGGCUAACAACAUGAUCGUAUUUCAGAGAAAAGCAUCUUCACUAGCGUACAUGUGUAGCGAAACACUUGAACAACAAAAAAAACACAGGAAAAUACUUAACUGCUCAAUUGACACAUACCAAUAAGCGUAACUGUACUAAACUAGAGACAAACCCACAAUAAACGGUUUUAAUUUGAUGGGUCCAAUGCUAAACAUCGAUCGGUUUUUCUUCAUUGGGGGCAAGUGAGAUAAUUGUAAGGAAAAGUUUAACUUUUUAAUUUUACAUCCUGUAAUAGUAACUAGAUCGUUUCAUUUCAUGCUUACAGACACACACACACACAUCCACAUCCCGAUCUGCAUAAGCUUAUGGCAAACUCCACAAAACCCUAUUAACCAUGCAUAUUCGAAAAAGAAUAAAGCUACAGAAUACAAUCAGUAAAAGCGGCCAUGUUGACGAACGAGAUGGAACACACACACUAAUAGUUGACUAAAACUUCCGAGCUUGAUCAUUAUAGAAAAGAAAGAUGAAUAUAACGUACACACACGAUCCUACGCAGAUGGAAAACCCCAAUAAAUCAACAAAGAAACAUCAUUAUAACUGAAACAAAAUAGAAUGUAAUUAGUGCCCAUCGAAUGGACAAAUGGUAUCCACAGCCCUGUAGUGGCACAACAUUAACAUAAAUGAACCGGACGCUAGAAAAAUCAAUCCACGGCUAGAGAGAGAAAGAGAAGAUUCGAUCAAUAACUAUUUCGCGAUAGCAGCAUACCCAACUAACAAAACAAACCGGAAAGUACGUAUAAAAAAACCGUGUAGGGAAAGAAGUUUCAUAGCAAUUUUGCUGUUUCGCAAGCUCCAUUUUGUUACAUUCUACCCAGUUACGCAAUUAUACCCCUUUCCAGUCAAAAAGCUUUAACGGAGUCUCGUUUCACAAACCUUCAGAAGUUUGGGACAAAAUCAAACAACAUUACGUUCGCAUUUGUUGAAGGACUGUAGGAGCAUAGCUAACGUGUACUACACCAUUGUUCAAACUUACAACAAGUUCCGUUUAAGUUUGGGUUUAAAGAGCGAAGGGAUGUAGCGAACAUACAAAAAUGCCCUUUCUUGCCCGCUUGAUUCAUCGCCAAUUUUCUUCGCUCAUUUGCGAAGUCAUAUCAAAGUCCAAAUUCAAAACGAAUUCUAGCAAUAAAA